AUGAAGACGUUGGUGGUGUUUGUGAUCCUGGUUCAUGUUUCCCAGCAUGCUCUGGCAGGUGUAGUGCAGGUGAAUGAGGGGGCGGAGUCUGUCCUGAUACCCUGCCAGUACUUGGGUGUUUUACCUGAAGAAGACCCCACACCUCACUCUGAGAGAAAACCCCACCUCUCUGACAGCGGCAACUACACCUGCUCCAUCACUGAUGGAAGAGAAGAAGUGAGAGUGACAGACGUACAUCUACAGGUCAAAGACCAGCAGGUGGAGGUGGAGGUGGAGGUGCAGGAAGGGGUGGAGUCUGUCAUCCUACCAUGUAAAACAAACACUGACCUGCCUGAGGACACCACAGUGGAGUGGACUCGCUCUGAACCAGAACUCAUCAUGGUCCAUGUGUAUCGAGACAGAAGAAACCAACUCAAUAAACAGGACAGGUUUUACAAAGACAGAACGAAGAUGAAUGAAGACCUGCUGGAAACUGGAGACCUCAGUCUGACCCUGAAACACCCCACAGAGAGAGACUCUGGAUCAUACAUCUGCACCAUCUACAGAGGCCAAGACAUCCUGAGACAGAAAGUAGUGCUGCACCACCUAAAAGCACCACCUCCAGUCUGGCCUAAAGUUAUUGGGGUUCUCCUGGUUCUCCUUGUUGUUGUUCUUGGUGUCAUUGGGGGUCUUUUGUUUCAUUGUCGACACUACUUCAUGUCAGUCCUCCAGGUGGAGGUGGAUUCAGGGGCGGAGUCUGUCCAGCUGCCCUGCAAAACCAUAACUCGCCUUCCUGAAGACGCUAGAGUGGAGUGGACGGACAGAGACAACAGGAAGGUCCAUGUGUAUGAGAACGGUUCUGACCGUCCUGAAGAACAGAAGCAGAUUUAUAGAAACAGAACGAAGAUGAAAAGAAACCUGAAAACUGGAGACCUCAGUCUGACCCUGAAACACCCCACAGAGAGAGACACCAACACCUACAUCUGUAGAGUCUACGACAAGGAGAGAAAGAUACUGAUGAUGAAACAAGUGAAGCUCAGAGUGAAAGUCCUCCAGGUGGAGGUGGAUUCAGGGGCGGAGUCUGUCCAGCUGUCCUUCAGAACCACAGAGCUGCCUGGAGACACUAGAGUGGAGUGGACGGACAGAUACUGGAGGAAGGUCCAUGUGUAUAAGAACGGCUCUGACCGUCCUGAAGAACAGAACCAGUUUUAUAGAAACAGAACGAAGAUGAAUGAAGACCUGCUGGAAACUGGAGACCUCAGUCUGACCCUGAAAUACCCCACAGAUGGAGACACCAACACCUACAUCUGUAGUGUCUACGACAAGGAGGGAGAGAUACUGAUGAAGAAACAUGUGAUACUCAGAGUGGAAGACAGAGUCCAGGUCCAGGAUGAAACGUCUCCUCUUAUGGCUGAAGAGUCAGUUUGAUCAGGUUGUUGAUCUUUGAUCAUUGAUCAGUGAAGGAUCUGAUGGACGAUGGAUGAAGAGAGGAGGACGCUCUGUCAGCUCCUGGUCCUGGUCUGAAGACUCUUUAAGGAUCAGGGUUGAUCAACAUGUUGUCCUCGUUGCUCUUAGACUCCACCGUGUCCAACUCCGCAGUAGUUCAGCUUUUUGAUUCCAUGUUUUAAGUGUUGGUUGCCACCUGUGAGCUCCAGAAAUGAGACCGUAUUGGUUUACUGCCCUCACCAGCUGACCAAUCAGAGACAGAGGAAACAAUUUAAAGGCUCCUUGAGACCAUUCUCUAUUCUCCAUUCUCCAUGCUCUAUCCAUGCUCUAUCCUGGCUGGCAUUGGGUGAAGGCGGGUCCACCCUGGACAGGUCUCCAAUCCAUCACAGGACUGACACAGAGACAAACAACCAUUCACACUCACAUCUAGGUACCAAUCAGGUCCCUGGAGGUGUGAGGAACAUGCAAACUCAGAAACGGACCUUCUCCCUGGGAGAGCCGCUGUGCCGCCCCACUUCAUUAAUCCCAGGGGAAAAUACUUUUCAUCACAGCAGCUCCUAUUUAAGUGUAACAGUGUUGAGAAGAAAGACAAAUGUAGAUAAUAAGAAGAUGUAGAAUAAGUAGGAAAUUAGAAAAAAGAAUACACUUAUCAGUGUCAAAAACAACCCACUGAAACUCAGUGAAACUCAGUGAAACUCCAACUUCAAGCUGCUCUUAGUUGCUGUUUUUCACAUUGACUGAUUCACUCUUUCAAGGAACAGAUUAAAAGAUACAGUUGAAGCAAAAGCUGAAGGACUCUCCUGUCUCACAUUUGAUGCUUUUUCUCUGGAUGGAAACAAAAAUGUCUCAAAACACAUGGACAGGAAGCUGUUUAACUUCAUAUGGAAGAACUUAAUGAUAUUCAACUCUUAUGUUCAGAGUGGCCUUAACCUUUCAGACUUUCACACGUUCAAUAAAACAUUUAAAAUAAAUUGGAGUAGGAGGCCUAAACUUGAAAACUAUCCAUCAUUCAUAAACAGAUGCUUCUUUCUUCAGGGAUACCACAUGAGAAACAAAUCAUUGUUUACCCUCAUCUGCUUAUUCUUAUUCUUAACAUACUUUAGCUUCAUCAGUCGUUCUUCUAAUGAAUUUGAUAUGAUCAUGUUAUUUUAAAGUACAACAGGACAGAAUCCAACAUUAUUACACAUGUUUCCUGUUACAUAUGUAAUUAAUAAGAUCAGAAAAGUAUCUUUAAACAAUGAUUCUAAACAGAUCUAGAUGUAAACUUCUCUUUCUGUGAAGAUGCUUUUCAUUUAUUCUGGUCUUGUCCUUUUACUACCAGAUUAUGAGAAGAUCUGCAACUUGAUUUCUGCUUGUAUUGAACCACAUGUUUCCUUUUUCUUUCAACAUAUGUUGUUUGUCUUCACUGACUCGUCCACAUAUUCUACAUCAUUAAUCUGAUUAUACAUUCAGACAAAUGACAUGUCCAUCAACGUACAUACACUAAUCACAAACCACUCCUCUCCAUCUUUAAGGUAAUAUAUUGAAACUAUGAGACGGUCCUCUGAUAUAAAAGAGACUUUGGAUUAAUGAACUCUCUAAAAAUGGAUUUGUGGAAUAAAAUAUUCUGUAAUGUUUGUCGCCCCCUGGUGGUUGUCAUCACACUGGGUUCUGUUUUAUUUCUUAAUAAAGUUUAUUUAAAAAA